GAUAAGCUUGAUAUACAAAUGGAACAACCCGAUUUUGACCCCACCCGAAUAUGACGUGAACGUACUCAACCUGAAAAUGGUAUGAACAAAUUAAUCCCGACUUGAUAUUGACCCAACCCUAACUCGACCCAAUACAUGAACCGAUUCAUACCCAAAACCCAAAUUGACCCAAUCCAGAUUUGACCCGAAUGACCCGUUUGCUAGGUCCAACAAACACCCACAAUUAGCUAACAAACUUGGUCAACCCUCUAAUUUGAGGCCUAUCUGCUGAAUUUCGCUCAAUCCGCUGAACACCAAACACCCCCACUAUUUUUUUAGCAUAAAUAAUUUUUGAUGGCUUCUAGAAUAAUAUCAUGAUUUCCAAUUACAAUUUUCUAAAUUUCCAAAAUAUUUCAAUUUUAAUUCCCUAUAAAUCUUUUUGGGUGAUGUGUAGAAAUUAAGCUAAUGAGAUUUACAUAAUGAUUGAAUUUGUGACAGAUCAAGGUCAGAAGGUGACUCAAUUAGCAAAUAUUGGCAGAGACUAUGGAGAGAACAACACACAUGCUUACUCGCUUGAAAAAGAAAAUGACUCGUCAAAAGGUAGGAGACAAAUACAUAAUUUUCAGUGGAAGCAAAGAAAACUUCGUUAGGAAUGGAGCAUGGGUACUUGAAGAAAGCAUUACUUUGUUUCAUGGUAGGGCGAAUCCUAUUCGCCACUUUUCAGUUGAUGAUCUCAACAACAUGAAUGGGGAAGAAUUUUUGUGUCAUAGAGAUGGAUACUAUGACUUGUACCAAGGUUCUUGGGAGGGAAGAGUUGUAUUGGUAAAAAGACCUCGUUGUGGAACUUUUGGUAGCGGUAGAGAAAGCAUUUUGCGUGAAAUUGUGGUAGCCGCACAAAUGGCUAGUCAUAACAAUGCCCAUAAAAUAUUAGGAUGUUGCCUUGAGACUGAAUCCUCUGUUCUUGUAUAUGAGUGGGUGGCAGAGGAAACUCUUCAUGAUCGUAUAUUUGUUGAUGAUGCGAAUCAAAGCAAAGCAGUAUUAGAGUGGAAGGAUAGGCUAAGGAUUGCGUGGGAGAUAUCUCAUGCUGUUGCCUACCUUCAUACGGCAUUUCCUAGGCCUAUCAUUCACAAGCACUUGAAACCUUCUAAUGUGUUCUUGGACCAACACAAUGCUGCCAAAUUAGGAGACUUUAGUCUAACUGUAUCUAUUCCUGAGGGUAAAGAAUUUGUUGAAGAUGUAGCAAUAUCAGGGACUUUUGGCUUUAUUGAACCUGAAUAUAUGAAAAGUGCAAAAGUAGCUAAGAGUACGGAUGUGUUUUCGUUUGGUAUACUAUUUCUUGUGCUCUUGACAGGAAAGAGGUCUAUUUCAGGAGGGGAAUUUUAAAUUCAUGGGUACAGAAUCGCAUAAAAAAAAAAUUGUGUCAAUGAGAUUGUAGAUCCUGCAAUUACUAGAAAUGGAGUGACAAGUAUUGAGGACCUCCAGCUGAGAGCAUCUGCACAGCUUGCACUCAGGUGCAUCACAUCAGAAGCAGACUAUAGGCCAACAAUUGUGGAGGUUGCAACUGAGCUUAAGAACAUGAUUACAUCCCCUGAAUCUAUCCCUACCGCCACUAAUUUUCAGGAGAAUGGCCUAUACUGGAUUUUUCGUGGAAGGGAGGAAUAUAUCAUGCACAAUGAAACUUGUUUGCUUAAAGAAAACAUCUCCUUAUUUCAUGAUAGUGCACACCCUAUUCGCCACUACUUCUCAAUUCAUGAGCUUAACAACAUGAAUGUGGAACUUGGUGAGGUUUCCCGGUACUGUUACCGAGGUACUUGGGAGGGGAAAGCUGUUUUGGUAAAGCUGUCAAGUUAUUCAGAUGAGAUCCAAAGGAGUUUUGUACGUGAAAUUGUGAUUGCCACACAGAUGGCUACUCACAAUAAUGUUCAAAAAUUACUAGGGUGUUGCCUUGAGACUAAACUUCCUGUUCUUGUUUAUGAGUGGGUGGCAGCCGAAACUCUAGAAGAUCUUAUUUUACUUAAAGAUAAGAACCACAGCAAACUACCCUUCUUAGAGUGGAAGGAUAGACUAAGGAUUGCAUGGGAGAUAUCAGAUGUUGUUUCCUACCUUCACACAGCUUUUUCCAAGCCCAUCAUUCAUGGAUCUUUGGAGCCUAAAAAUGUUUUUUUGGAUCAAGACAACUCUGUUAAAUUGUCCAACUUUUAUUCUGCUUCCAAGGGUGAAAAUUUUGUGUUUCGGACUUGUAGGCCUUGUUAUUCGCCACCUGAGUAUUACUGCAGAGCUCUGGCGGCAGAGUGUACAGAUGUGUAUUCAUUUGGCCUGCUGUUUCUUGUGCUACUAACAGGAAAGAAAACAUUUUUUCUAUCUACUAGCAAAGGAGAGCAAUAUGACGAGUGGACUAAUUUAGUUGACUGGAUAACAAAAAAAGUCAGAUUGGGGCACAUUAAUGAGAUUGUAGAUCCUGCAAUUGCUAAAAAUGGAGUGGCGACCACUGAUCUGAGUGCAUCUAUAGAGCUUGCACUCAGAUGCACAACUAGUCUCCUAAACAGUAGGCCAACCAUGGUAGACAUUGCAACUGAGCUCAACAACAUCAUUAGAUCCCAUGAUUCUAUCCCUAGUACAAGUAAUUUUCAGGGAGAGGGCAUGUACAUGAUUUUCCGAGGAAGCAAAGAAUAUUACAUGCAGAAUGAAUCAUUUAUAUCUGAAGAGAGCAAUUCCUUGUUUCCUGGUAGAAUGAACCCUAUCCGUUACUUUUCAGUUGAUGAGCUUUGCAAAAUGAAAGUGGAAUAUCAUAGAAUUUUCUGGAAUGAAGAUUGCAACUGGCAUCAAGGUUCUUGGGAAGGGAAUGUUGUUUUGGUUAAGCUGCCAGAAAGUGUUGCUUCUGAUGAGAUACGAAUGCGUUUUCUGCGUGAAAUUUUGGUUGCGACACAGAUGGCAAGUCAUAGUAAUGUUCAAAAACUAAUAGGAUGUUGCCUUGAGACCGAAUAUCCUGUUCUUGUUUAUGAAUGGGUGACUGAGGAAACACUUAAUGAUCGGGUAUUAUUCAAUGAUGAGAAUCAAACCAAUCCAAUAUUAGAGUGGAAAGAAAGGCUAAGGAUUGCCUGGGAAAUAUCACAUGUAGUUUCACAUCUUCACAAUGCUUUUUCAAGACCGAUCAUUCACGGCUACUUGGAAACUGAUAAUAUUUUCUUGGACUUGGAUAACAUUGUCAAGUUGUCCAACUUUAGUCGAUGUAUAUCUAUCCCUGAGGGACAAAACUUUGUGGAAGACUUUGGAAAACGUAGCAUUUAUAUGGAACCUGGAAAGGAUGAACGCAUCAGAGUGGCAGAGUGUACAGAUGUGUAUUCAUUUGGUAUCCUUUUUCUAGUGCUCUUGACAGGGAAGUCUGCUGACUGGGUAAAUAAAGAAUUCAGAAAAAAUCCCUCAAGUAACAUUGUAGUAGAUCCUGCAGUCGCUAAAAACGGUGUGGUCACCGCUGAAAUGGCUGCUUCUAUAAAGCUUGCCCUCAGGUGCGUUACAAAAAGAGACAAACGGCCAACCAUGGUGCAUGUUGCAACUGAACUUGAGAAAAUCAUCAGAUCGUCUGAUCUUCCAAACAACGGUUUCUCUCUACUGCGGGGCUGCCUUCUUAAUUGAUCUAUUCUGAUUUCCUCGUGAUUUCAUGAAUAGCCGAGUUAGAUUGCUCUGUUUGUUUGAUCUUCCUGUUUCAGGUAUACCUGACAUUUGAUUGACAAUUUAACAUACAAUAAUUACUACCUA